CGCCCCGCCCCUGGGGACCGUCCUGGUGCUCUGCGGCAUCAACCUGCUCAACUACAUGGACAGAUUCACCGUGGCCGGGGUGCUCCCGGAGGUCGAGGAUUAUUUCGGGAUCGGCGACAGCAGCUCCGGCCUCCUCCAGACAGUGUUCAUCAGCAGUUACCUGGUCCUGGCCCCCGUGUUUGGGUUUUUGGGGGACCGGCACAGCCGGAAGCGGCUCCUGGCGCUGGGACUCGCCCUCUGGACCGGGGUCACCCUGGCCACCAGCUUUGUGCCCCCCCAGCGUUUUGGGGCCCUGCUGGCGGGCAGGGCCCUGGUGGGGGUGGGGGAGGCCGCCUAUUCCACCCUGGCCCCCACCCUGGUGGCCGAUCUGUACCGGGGACCCGCCCGGAGCCGCGCCCUGGGGGCCUUCUACCUGAUGGUACCCCUGGGGAGCGGCCUGGGCUGCAUCGCGGGGUCAAAGGUCAAGGACGUGGCAGCCGAUUGGCGCUGGGCCCUGCGGGUGACCCCCGUUUUGGGGUUCCUGUCCCUCCUCCUCCUCGUCGCCGUCGUCUCCGACCCCCCCAGAGGGGCCCUCGGGACCCCCCGGGCCCCGCCCGCCCUCCCCCGGGGCUGGAGCCACGACCUCCGGGAGCUCGCCCGCAACCGUACCCUGGUGCUCUCCACCCUUGGAUUCACGGCCGUUGCCUUCGUCACCGGGGCGCUGGCGCUCUGGGCUCCGGCUUUCCUGUACCGGGUGCGCCUGGCCCGGGGGGAGGGGCCGCCCUGCCGGGGGGGGCGGCGCUGCCAGGGGGACCAGAGCCUGCUGUUCGGGGCCCUGACGUGCGGCUCGGGGGUGUUGGGGGUGGGGUUGGGGGCGGAGCUUUCCCGGAGGCUCCGCCCCCGCUGCCCCCGCGCCGACCCCCUGCUGUGCGCGGGGGGGCUCCUGGGGGGGGCCCCCUGUCUGAUGAUGGCCCUGCUGAUGGCCCUGCCCUGCCCCCCUUUGGCCUAUGUUUUCAUCUUCGUGGGCGAGACCCUCCUGGCCCUGAACUGGGCUAUUGUGGCCGACAUCCUACUGUACGUGGUGCCGCCCCCCCGGCGCUCGACGGCCGAGGCCCUGCAGAUCGUGGCGUCCCAUUUACUGGGGGACGCUGGGAGCCCCUACCUCGUGGGACUGGUGAGCGACGCUCUGGGGGGCGGGGCCUCGUCGCUCUCGUUCCAGCAGGGGGCGCUGUCUCUCCAAAGGGCUCUUUUGCUCCUCCCCUUCGGCUGCGCCCUGGGGGGCGGGGCCUUCCUGUGGGCGGGGCAGAGCCUGUCACGUGACCGCAGACGAGCCCGCAGGGAGGCACGGGGGCUGCCCCCGGACGGGGCCGACGACGACGACGACGACGACUCCGAGGCCCCCGAGGAGGAUUUUGGGGCCAUCGUGGUGCCCCGGGGGGAGGGGCGGGGACCCCACAAGGUCCCCGUGGCCCACGUGCUGGCCUGACCCCCCCCCAAAA